CGCGAGUGUGCACCGCGCUGAGGUGCCCUGCACGUCGGGGCAGCAGGACAGAGCCCAGGUCGCGCGCGGAGCCUCAACGUGCCUGGUUCCGGCCGCAGCCAUGACGGAGAACUCUGACAAAGUCCCCAUCGCCCUGGUGGGCCCUGACGACGUGGAGUUUUGCAGUCCCCCGGCCUACGCCGCCGUGACCGUGAAGCCCUCCAGCCCCGCGCGGCUGCUCAAGGUGGGAGCCGUGGUCCUCAUUUCAGGGGCGGUGCUGCUGCUCUUCGGGGCCAUCGGGGCCUUCUACUUCUGGAAGGGGAGUGACAAUCACAUUUACAAUGUCCAUUACACCAUGAGUAUCAAUGGGAAAUUACAAGAUGGGUCAAUGGAAAUCGAUGCUGGGAACAACUUGGAGACCUUUAAAAUGGGAAGUGGAGCUGAAGAAGCCAUUGAAGUUAAUGAUUUCCAGAAUGGCAUCACAGGAAUCCGUUUUGCUGGAGGAGAGAAGUGCUACAUCAAGGCGCAGGUGAAGGCUCACGUCCCCGAGGUGGGCACCAUGACCAAGCAGAGCAUCUCCUCAGAGCUGGAAGGCAAGAUCAUGCCAGUUAAAUAUGAAGAAAAUUCUCUUAUCUGGGUGGCCGUAGAUCAGCCUGUGAAGGACAAUAGUUUCUUGAGUUCUAAAGUCUUAGAGCUCUGUGGUGACCUUCCUAUUUUCUGGCUUAAGCCAACAUAUCCAAAAGAUAUCCAGAGAGAAAGAAGAGAAGUAGUAAGAAAAAGUGUUCCAACAACCACAAGGCCACGCAGUGGACCGCGGGGCAACCCAGGCCCUGGGAGACUGAAUAAUGAGACCAGACCCAGUGUUCAAGAGGACUCCGAGCCCUUCAAUCCUGAUAAUCCUUACCACCAGCAGGAAGGGGAAAGCAUGACAUUCGACCCUAGACUGGAUCAUGAAGGAAUCUGCUGCAUAGAAUGUCGGCGCAGCUACACCCACUGCCAGAAGAUCUGUGAACCCCUGGGUGGCUAUUAUCCAUGGCCAUACAAUUAUCAAGGCUGCCGUACGGCCUGCAGAGUUGUCAUGCCAUGUAGCUGGUGGGUGGCCCGUAUCUUGGGCAUGGUGUGAACCACUUCAUGUAUCAGGUGCUGUGAAGACGUAACUCAAGAGAAGACCAAAGCAGCACAAGGCACACUGACGUCAAAGGAACCAUCAAGUAUUUUAUACGCAACCUGAGCAAUGUUAUUUUAGACACUUUCAAUGCAGUAUUUAUCAGGCUUUCCAGAAAUUUAGUAUGUAUAGCAAAUGUACUGAAAGAGUAGUUUAAAUCUACAAUGCCAAAACAAUCCGUUUAUUAUGUUAUUAUUUGCUUUGCUUUUCCAAUAAGGCCUGCUUAUAAGUCUUCCCAAACUAUUUUGAAAUAAACAUGAAAAAUUAUUUACACCUUGUCAAAGAUCUCAACUGUACAUUUGAGUUCAAGUCAUGACCAAAAUAAAUCAUUCUGUUAUUUGAACAGAACUCAACUAUUAACCUUUAUUGUUCUCCCCAGCCUUGCAAAUGUGUCCCCAAAGUUCCAGAUUAAAAACCCAAAGGAAAAUAGGACAUACAAUGGAAUCGACCUGAAAGUAAACAUUAUAAGCUUCAUGGGGAAUUCAUCUAUUCUAUCUGCUGGCAUGUAAUUAACAGGUGGCUGCCCACGUUAACAGUCACCUCCACGAAAGGAGCAUUAGGAUAAAGAAAAAUGUAGUCGAAGAUAAUCAGACUUGUGAGGAAGGACUUUAUUGAAAUUCUGAAAAGCAGGUCUUCACACCCUUUCCAAUCUGUUUUCAAUAAGUGGUCACUGGGCAUGAAGAGGCGUAAUGAUUUUUACCUUUGUAGUACAAAUCAGGCUGCUGAUAUAGUCCAAUUACCAAGUUACUUUCCUAGUAAUAAGGCUGACAGUGUUGUCUGGCAGAUAGAGCCGAGGAGGAAUCGCUUAUUUAUAAUGACAUAAAGAAAGUCUCUCAGCAACAAGGACUAACUUUAGAAAUUGAAAUAUUAGAUCGGGAAGAUGAGCGGGUAUUCCAUCUUUUUGACAUUCUAGAUCUGAACCCCACAGUUUGAGAGAAAAAGAACAACUUUCCAAAGGAAAAUAAACAUUAGUUCUCCCAAACACAGAAUUCUGAGAUGACAGAAAGGUCUUAAUGCUGUGAUCUCAAACACUUCCAUAUCCUGAAUACAGCUUAUUAGGGUAUGCCUGGUGUUUGCCAAUUAAAAGUUUGUGAAAUGAUACAGAUUUUUUAAAAACUGGCUAUUGGAUGAACACUCACAUGCCUCCAUUUAAUAGAAUAUACAGCAAACAAGAUCUGUAGAGACAAAAGGGAAGGAAAACACAAUGUAAUGGCAUUUAAUGGCCAGUGUUCUCAGGUACCAGCUACUUGGUGCAGUUACAAAUUUCCAUGUUGUCUUUAAAAUGAUUGUCACUCAACGAGGCAAA